CUCGUUCUCUCUCCGUCCCUUGCUUUUGGUGUCUCUACCAGAAUCCCCUGACUCAUAAUAAUGUGUUCUGAAUGAAUGAAUUGCCGAGACCCACGUAUAUGACCCGCUGCUGCUAGAAAUUCCCGCACGAUGGCGCCCGACUCCACGCCCAACCCCGACUGCCAUGCGGUGGUUCGCAACGCUCUCCGCAUUUCCCUCAGCGCCAAGGAAUACAAGCUGCUCCACGAGUCCGCCAUCCAGCAAUCCCCUUCUGCCAUUCGGAACAAGCUCCCUUCCCCCUCAAGAUUCGAGGCUAUCGUUCGCUCUAAAAAUAAGCACAAUGAAGCCGCGGUCCGGGCCUCGUUGCGCAUUUUUGUCCUGUCAAGCUCCCUGUUGAAGCUCGUUGACGUCGUGACCGACAGGGUCCGCGGUGACCUAUCCAAAAAGACAACAUCGCGCACCUCUCUUGUGCGUUCCCCGAAUUUCCGCCUCUCCAUCUCUCUGUCGCUUCUACUUCUCUUUCACCGCUUCCUCUAUCGCUUCUUCGUCAAGUUGCGCGCAAACCUUCGCACAGACGAUGCACGACCCUUCCGGGACCGUAACCCGCGGAUCUCCAAGGCGCUGACUUCGCGCUAUGCGCCCGCCGUCGGAGCAAGUAUCGCGGGGUUUGCGCUGGGGAUCUGUCCGCAGAAUCAGCUCCGGCUAACAGCGGCCAUCUACACAGCUACGCGUAGCUUGGAAUUCCUGUUCAAUGCAUUGGAGGAAAAGGGCUGGUUCAAGAAUCGACCACAGUGGUUCGGAAGUUGGCUGUUAAUGCCGGUUGCGUGCGCACAGCUCUUCCAUGCCUUUGUGUUCGAUCGUGAGACUACACCCAAGUGGUUUGGAAACGUUGUCCUGAGGCUCUCCCCCAGCUACGUGCGUGGUCGGCCCGAUUCUUUGCCACUGGAAAUCCCAUGGCCGGAAAAGGAAGCUGUGGUUGAUUCGCUGGCUAACAUUGCCAACCUCCGGUGGCCCGCAUUUGCCUCACCCAUCUUACACCCAGGAAGUCCGAACACCCUACCGUCUUCACUAGCAUCCAUCUCACCCAUCACUGGCCCUGCCCAUCCAGCUAUCUCCAGUCUGUCAUGCGCCUUGCUCCACCCGACCAGUCCCAGCUGCAGCACCGCCUUCCUACAUCACAUCCUCCUCUCAGUUCCACCCCUUGCCCGUUCCUUAACCACUGUGACGUUAGCCCUGUCUUUGCGCAACAUCAAGAGCCUGAUGACGGAGCCCAUCACGUCAAUCAACAAACUUUCCACGAAAAUCAUCACUUUGACAGCCAUCCUCUCCGCUUCUAGCGGCUCCGCAUGGGGGAGCAUCUGCCUUUGGAACAGCCUGCUUCCGCGCUCCAUCCUCCCCGCCAAACGAUUUUUCCUUAGUGGCGCACUUGCAGGCGUGCCGUUUGCCUUCCUCGGAAACAGCCGUAGCAUCUUCAUGUACUUCUUCCGGGCAGCCGUGGACUCGGCCUGGAAGACAGGUGUCAAGCACGGAUUAUGGAAGGGGUGGAAAGGCGGCGAACUGUGCAUCAUCGUGCUGGCGUGGGCACUUAUGGGUGCUAUUCUCGAGACUAGACCAUCCGCAGUCCAGGGUAAGGGCGUGAGAAAGGCCCUGGCUUGGUUGAAGGGUGAUGGGUUCGCAGACCCGGUUGAGGUUGCCGCGAGAAAGAAGGCUAGAAAAGCGGCAGCGCAGAAGAAGGCUGAGAAUGAGGCAUGAGGGACAUAGGGAGCUUGGCUUGUGGUAUCUACUAUUUACUCUAUUAGCAUGUUUUAUGACCUCGUCUUUCUUUGUAUUUUUUAUGCCAUGUUUAUAUCUUUUUACUUACAGCGAUA